AUGAGCGAGACGGCAACCGCAAACCCCCCGCCGGGAUUUCCCUGGACCGGUCUGCUACAAUGGCAACCAUUCCAGAUCGACGCCCUCGGUCUGAUUACAUUGCUGGGAGCUGAAGAAGUGAAUGCUUCUGUUGGCAGGCUCGUACGCAGCACAUGGCUGGAAUACUUGCCCCUCCUGGGCGCGUACGUCAUCGCCAACGAGCGUUUCCGCGAAAAGGAAGCUGGCUUUCACCUCUACAACAUCUCCAAAGGCAUUGCGACAACAGAUCUCGCUCCUUGGUUCUCCCGCUGGAUCAAGGCCCAAGACUUCGAGCAGACCCGGAGCUUCGUAAGGUGGACCGUCGAGAAGCGACCAAAUCUGCGAUAUCAGCAUAUCCUUGGCUUUGGGCUCAGCUUCAGCGCUAUAGGGUUCUUGCUCGCAAUGACUGUGCUAUCCUACGACUGGUAUGGUUUCGCUAAUGCCCUGUCGAUGGCAAGCUCGGUCAUGGUGCGGCACUAUAUGAUUGAGUCUAUGCGUGAUGCAAUUGACGAGCAAGUUCUGGGGUCACGAAACGAAGACAAGCGGCCGCUUGAUGAAAAGAAAGAGAAACUUGUCGGGUCCCAUCCACUCGAUCGAGGCUGGCUUGGCAAAAAUCCUUCAAAGCUUCUCAUCAUCACUUCUGACGCGAAGGCCGUUACGAUGUUGAUACCAGAAGAGCUUAUGAAACCACCCUCACCGUUCAUCGCUCGAUUGCAGCCGCACCAUCGCUUCUGGUAUGGUGUCAUGAGGUGGGCAGGUUGGAUCGCAUUUGCGGUGCAGGUCAUCUCGAUCGGUAUGGCCGAUCUCGCCACACAGUUGGUUACUGUAUUCCUGUUGGUAGUCCCAACAGUUCUCCAUGUUAGCAAGCUGGGAUGUGAUGACUCGAAAUGGAAGCAAAACAUAGCUCGCGGCUGGGAGAAAUUUAGGGGCAUGUUGGGGAAAGAACCGCCACGGCCCAAGCCUGACGAGGAAAAGAUCGGAACCGAAGUCUACAUCAGCCAACCCAACGAGCCAAAAGCCAGAGAAUUCAGCUUCAAAUACGCGUGCUGGAUAGGCAAUCUCCUAAAAGCCGAGGUCUACGAAUGGCCAAUGGAUCACCACUAUACCUUCACCGGUAAGGACGAGCGCGGCCCGCGACGUGUAAAGCCAUAUGUGCACACCAACAAACCCUUCGACAAGCGACAGUAUCUCUAUGCCUGGCUGCAACUGACCAAGCAGGAGACUGACAGCAUGGACAAGUGGGAUCUCCUCCCGCACGACCGCCCUGGCCACAAUGAUGGCUGGCUCAAGGACUAUCAGAUGGGCAGGGACCACGUCACCGAGCUCAACAGGCAGGGUCAGGGGAUCAUGAAGAUCAUUGCGAGAGCUCCUGGGGCGCAAGCUCAAGACCAUGCGGACACGAGAGCCGCUGACGCCGAGACCACCAGGAGCAGCGCCGAUGGCAUACAUUCCCGAGACUUCCAGCUCGCUCACACCACCGAUCCCAACAUCGGAGGCGGACUUGGAGGUCGAGGGAGCGUCGGUGCCGCCAACGACAGCCAGCACGAUCCGCUCCCCUCGCCGAGAACAGCCAGAGACCGCGCUCCUGCGGCUAUUGCAGACCCCAUCGCCCACGAGGUGGUGGACACCGAGGAGCUCUGGCAACCCCUGCCACCGAGACGGCGAGACACGGGCAUGACGGUGGAUUCGGCCAACUAUGUCAGCCACGAGGUGGCCAAGGAGCGCAGGCUGAGUCUCGCGAGCUUGCCGCCGGUGUCGAGAGGGAAGGCGGGUCCUCUGCCGCCGGCGUCACCUGUCGAGCGGUAG